AUGCAGAUGGUGGCGGAAGAUGGAAAAAUCCCCACUGCGGCCGAUGUUCUUGGAACCAUCGGCACUGCGCUUUGGAGCAUCCAACUCAUACCUCAGAUAUGGUACAACUGGACAAAGAAAAAUACCGAAGGGUUGCCCGCAAGCAUGAUGUUUAUAUGGGCUUUAAGUGCUGUAUGUUUGGGUAUAUAUUUGGUUUUAGAGCAAGUGAAUAUUCCCCUACAAAUCCAGCCACAGAUGUUCGGCGCCCUGUGUGCAAUCUGCUGGGCACAAGUUUUGUACUAUAGCCACGGCUACACUUCGGGGGAAGCGAUCGUAGCUGGUGUGAUGUCUGCGGCGUUUUUGGGCGGUUCUGAAACACUAUUUAUUGUUACAUUCCAGUUCGCAGGCGAAAAAGGGCACGGAGUUGGGGACGAAAUUGCGGAUCAAUUAAUGCUGACAAUGCAUUCCAUCUCAGCCGUUGAAGGAACUUUUAGCAUCAUAGGCGGCACCGCCUAUAUUCUAGUCCUCGUCCUCGAACUCGGAAUCUUUAUCAGCCACAUCAUCUGGAAACUCCGCUUCUGGGAGCUGUGUCAGGCAGCGAAAGCGCAUGGCAUGAGUUUUGAUGAGUUCAUGCGUCUGGAAAGGAAUGGGGGCAACAACAACAGCAGCAGCAUCAGCAGCAAUAACAGUAGUUCUGCACACUGUGAACUUAGAUGUUCCCCCGACGACUGCACUCGCAAGUCGCCGCCGCCAUACGCUGUGCCGAAUGUAAAUCUUGAGGGCAGAGUAAGCGGAGGAGAGGCCAGCGUUGAUGGGAAACAAAUGCAGCGAGGGUCAUGUUUAGAUAUUGGACUGAUGCAUUCCUUAUAG